UGCCGACCACUGCUGCGUUUGAAGACCACGCGCUCCAGCUACCCCCGAGACCAGACGAUCAAUAAUUACAUUAGAGCCAGUUUCUACGAACCAAUAGACGAUAGACCCCAAGAUGGAUUGCGAAAACAUCAGUCCAACGAGACGACAAGCUCCAGCUUGGCUGAGAAAAGAGUAAUCCACUCGAAUGGACUCGGUCUAAGAAUCUAGACCUAGUUCCAACAAUCAACAACCAUAGAUAGCAAAGUCCCUACCAACAAAAGGAGUGCACACCCCGAAGCACAUUGCCGUCAUGUCCUCCGAUAUCCCAGACCAACCGCCCUCCCGCUCCCUACGCGGUCGCGUCGCCAUCGUCACGGGAGCCGGAUGUGCAGGUUCCGGAAUCGGCAACGGACGAGCCAUCUCUAUUCUCCUAGCCGACGACGGCUGCAAUGUCGUGUGCCUCGACAUGAACCUCGACUGGGCGAACAAGACCGUGGACAUGGUCAACGCCAAGCCCGGUCGCGGCACAGCCAUCGCCAUGCAGGGAGACGUCACGAAGCAGGCCGACUGCGACGCCGCCGUGCAGCUCGCCCUGGACAAGUUCGGCCGGCUGGACGUCCUGGUCAACAACGUCGGCGUGGGCGGCGCGCCGGGCACGGCGGUCGAGGUGGACUUGGAAAAGUUUGCGCAGAGCCUCGAGGUCAACGUGUCGAGCAUGGUGCGCAUGGCCAAGGCUGCCAUCCCUGCCAUGGUGCGCGACAAGGACGGCGUGGAGAUCAAGGGCAGCAUAGUCAACAUGGGCUCGGUCGCGGGCAUGCUCGGGGGCACUCCGCACCUUUUGUACCCUACCAGCAAAGGUGCCGUCGUCAACAUGACGAGGGCUAUGGCGGCUCAUCAUGCCAAGGAUGGUAUUCGCGUGAACUGCGUGUGUCCAGGGAUGCUAUAUACUCCGAUGAUGUACGCUGGUGGGAUGAGUGAGGAGGUCAGAGAGGCCCGCAAGGGCAGGAGUCUGCUGGGUACUGAGGGUAGCGGUUGGGAUGCAGCAUGCGCAGUCGUGUUUCUUGCUUCGGAUCAUUCCAGAUGGAUCACGGGUGCCAUUUUGCCUGUGGACGCAGGGACCACCGCUGCGACUUCUAUAACGCUGCCCAAAGGAGCGAGCGUCAAUGGUUGAAAAGGUUCACAUACGUACGUGUUAAUAGAAUCUGCCAGACCUUUGUUCUCCUUACUCGUCCUGCAUCAGGGCUACUCUGCCAUCAAUCUUGCCCGCUUCGAGAUCCCUCACGACGUCUGGAAAGUCCUUCAAACGCUUCUCUUGCACCUGCGGCCGAAUCACUCCCCU